UUAAGAGAGAUAGAGAGAGAGCGGGCUUGAUCUACGGAAACCCAGAUAAUUUCCUGCUGUAAGCAGAGAAAAGCUGCGAUUUCUGGGCACAGCGAGCAGUGCUUUGACGAGGGGUUGAAGUUGAUGGUCCUUUAAUGGUGGUUCGAACGAUGCAUGUUGCCUCUCGGUGGAGAAGGAAGGAGUUGUGAGUAGAACUUCCAAGGUGUUUUCAUGGCGAAGGAGAAGCUGCUUUGACGGCUCGUUGAGGAAAAUCGAGACUGGACUGUUUUUUAAUUGUUCAGAGACGGGAACUUGGACUUGGGGAGCAACGAUUCCAAGCUCUCAAGGAAUCGAAGCCUGUUCCCGCGUCAUAAUCCUCGGAUUUCUACGAUCAUCUUCGAAUCUGAUUCGAGAACCAGCGGAGAUCGUUCAAAAGAAAUACUAGUAAAAUCCUCGGUUAUUCGUUCUUCCGUCUUUGCUUUCUGGAAGAUUUCUUUUUUUCAAUUUUCUUUCUCUUUUGAGAGCUUAGAUUAUUGGUGGAGAAAAGAUUAGGUUCUGCUGUUCUUUACUUCCUUGACUGGUAGUUGCUUGUUGCAUUUCUGCUUGCUACGUUCUGAGUCGGUGGGGAAAAGAAGGUGAUGUUUAUAUAUUGCUGAAAGCGUUUUCGGAAGAAACUUAGAAACCCAAUGUAGUGUUGUGUAGGAAGUAGGAACCUUUCAAGCGUACGUACGUAGAAGAGCUUUGAAGAGGCGAAGUGGAGUCUCUGAUCCUAAAAUGUACGAGUUUUUGCGGGAUUCAGAAGGUGAAAUCGGUUCAGCAGAGACACUAAAUUCUAGCCAGAGUUCGAUGAGCAGCGAUAGCUGCAGUAGCAUCAGUCGUCUUUCAUUUGAUGCUCUCGAAAUCUCCGCCAAGACUUCGUCUUAUUAUUCGCCUGAGAGCUUUGCCUUCAAGCCCCACCGGUCGUCGGACUUCGCGUGGGAAGCUAUACGUUCCGCCAUUUCCCGCCGCAAGAGCGGGUUGACUUUCAGGGAUUUCAAGCUCGUUCGUCGAAUUGGGAGCGGCGACAUUGGGAGCGUCUACCUGUGCCGUCUCAGGACCCCCGUUGCCGGCGAUGAUAGCUGCUAUUACGCCAUGAAGGUUGUGGAUAAAGAAGCGCUUACGUUGAAGAAGAAGGUAGAGAGGGCGGAGACGGAGAAGAGGAUUCUGAAGAUGCUGGACCAUCCAUUCCUUCCUACUCUCUAUGCAGAAUUGGAAGCUUCGCAUUACGCUUGCGUGGUCAUGGAGUUCUGCUCUGGUGGUGAUCUGCAUACUCUCAGACACAAGCAACCUAGCAAACGUUUCUCGUUGAGCUCUGCAAGGUUUUAUGCGGCUGAGGUUCUUGUGGCCUUGGAGUACCUGCACAUGUUGGGGAUCAUCUACAGAGACUUAAAACCGGAGAACAUCUUGGUUCGAUCGGACGGUCACAUCAUGCUCUCUGAUUUUGAUCUUUCACUGUGCUCUGAUGCAAUACCAGCCGUCGAGUCGCCCGACUCAUCCCCCGGUGCCACGACGGCCACUUCAGUGCCGUCGUCGACCGGCAGGACAAAGACAAAGAGGAGCACAUAUUCGACCUCGACGUUCUCUUGCCUUUACAACCGGCUCUUCCGGUCUCGCAAGGUACAGACGGCGACACUAAACCGCCGGUUCGUUGCAGAACCGGUUUCCGCCCGGUCCUGCUCCUUCGUCGGGACUCACGAGUACGUCGCUCCAGAGGUGGCUGCCGGGAAAUCGCACGGGAACGCUGUAGACUGGUGGGCCCUUGGGAUCUUCAUCUACGAGCUGAUCUACGGCCGUACACCUUUUUCCGGCGAGAACAACGAGGCCACGCUGCGAAACAUAGUGCAAAAGCCGUUAGUUUUCCCGACGGAAUCUCCGGCAAGUGAGACAGAAGUCCACGCACGUGAUUUGAUCUCCGGGCUCUUGGUCAAAGACCCGUCGACGAGGCUGGGGUCAAAAAGAGGGGCGGCGGACGUUAAGACCCACCCCUUCUUCAAAGGAUUGAACUUCGCCCUUGUACGGUCAUACAGACCGCCGGAGAUUCCGGGUUUCCGGCGUGCUACGUCGUGCCACGAGCGGUUGAAGAAAUCUUCCACGUCCAAGUUCGACUAUUUUUGAACUCAACCAAAGCUUCCCCCAGGCCUCCACGUGUCCCGGCAGAUUUUCCUACGCAGCGACAUUGUAAAUCCAGAUGUUCUUCUUAUCACUUUUCUCCUCCCGUAAUUGUACUUUGACAGUUAUUUAAUAUUUAUAGCUGUUAAAGUAUUGGCCGAAACGUGUCGUGUCGGGUUAUGUGGAUCGGAUAUAUAACUACUAUUACUCUAUUAGCGGCCCCAGCCCACUGAGCCUAGACAAAAUUUCUCUCAAACGGCACCAAUUAUGCGUUUGUUUUGUAGGUCUUGGUCUUGGCCUUGGUCUUGCAUCAUUUAUUGGCCUUUUGACCUUGAUUUCCUUGAAUGAUUGACUAUACUUCAAACAACCUAAGCCAUUAGAUUGGAGGAA